GAGGCGCUCGGCGCGCACACGUGGUUCUACCUCCACACCUUCGCGGCCAAGUACCCCGACGCGCCGACGGAGGCGGACAAGGUCGCCGCGCGCUGGCAGGUCGCGAGCCUCGCGCAGCACUACCCGUGCCACGUCUGCCGCGGCCACCUCCAGAAGAAGCUCCUGUCCAAGGCCCUCGGGCCCGUCGACGUCGACGGCCGCGAAAAGCUGUCGACGUGGAUGUGCCGGCUCCACAACCUCGUCAACGCGGACCUCGGCAAGCCGGCGCACGCCUGC